AUGUCUCCGGAGAAGAAGAUUCCAAAGUUUCCACCGAUAUCGGAAUGCGGAGGAGGAGAGUAUGGAUCGAUCGCCGCAGAUCUGGACGGGACUCUGCUUCUGUCGAGAAGCUCGUUCCCUUACUUCAUGCUCGUGGCAGUUGAAGCUGGAAGCCUUUUCCGUGGCUUAAUCCUCCUUCUCUCUUUGCCUUUCGUCAUCAUCUCUUACCUGUUCGUCUCGGAAGCUCUGGGAAUACAGAUCCUCAUCUUCAUCUCCUACGCCGGCCUCAAAAUCCGCGACAUCGAACUCGUCUCUCGCGCCACUCUUCCACGGUUUUAUGCGGCGGACGUGAGGAAAGACAGUUUUGAGGUGUUUGAUAAGUGUAAGAGGAAAGUGGUAGUGACGGCGAAUCCAACAGUGAUGGUGGAUGCGUUUGUCAAGGAGUAUCUUGGAGGAGAUACAGUUUUGGGAACAGAGAUUGAGGUUAAUCCCAGAACCAAAAGGGCCACUGGGUUUGUCAAGAAACCUGGCGUUCUUGUCGGUGACCUCAAGAGAUUAGCCAUUUUGAAAGAAUUUGGCGACGACUCACCUGAUCUUGGCAUCGGUGACCGGACCUCCGACCAUGAUUUCAUGUCUAUUUGCAAGAAAGGUUACAUGGUUCAUGCGACCAAGUCAGCCACAACAAUUCCCAAAGAACGUUUGAAAAAACGGAUAAUCUUCCACGACGGCCGUUUAGCCCAACGUCCAACGCCGUUAAACGCCAUCAUCACAUACCUAUGGCUUCCCUUCGGCUUCAUCCUCUCCAUCAUCCGUGUCUACUUCAACCUCCCUUUACCUGAAAGAUUUGUCCGUUACACUUACGAGAUGCUCGGAAUCCGCUUAACCAUUCGUGGACACCGUCCUCCGCCUCCUUCCCCUGGAACUCCCGGCAACCUCUACGUUCUCAACCACCGUACCGCGCUUGAUCCCAUCAUCGUCGCCAUUGCUCUUGGCCGCAAGAUCUCAUGCGUCACUUACAGCGUCUCUCGUCUCUCCUUAAUGAUUUCUCCUAUUCCUGCUGUCGCUCUCACCCGUGACCGUGUCGCUGACGCUGCCCGAAUGAGAAAACUUCUCGAGAAAGGUGACUUGGUGAUAUGUCCGGAAGGCACGACGUGCAGAGAAGAGUAUCUACUGAGGUUUAGCGCUCUGUUCGCGGAGCUAAGCGACAGGAUCGUGCCAGUGGCGAUGAAGUGUAACCAAGGAAUGUUCAACGGCACGACGGUGAGGGGUGUGAAGUUCUGGGACCCUUACUUCUUCUUCAUGAACCCAAGACCGAGCUACGAGGCCACUUUCUUGGAUCGCCUACCCGAAGAAAUGACUGUGAACGGCGGUGGUAAGACUCCUUUCGAAGUGGCUAAUUACGUCCAGAAAGUGAUCGGGGACGUGUUGGGCUUCGAAUGCACACAACUUACUCGCAAGGACAAGUAUCUUUUGCUCGGAGGUAAUGACGGCAAGGUGGAGUCUAUCAACAACAAGACCAACAAGUGA